GUGUCUGCGCCCCCGCCUCGCCGCGGCCCUCGGCUGUCCCGCUCGUCGUGUCGGAAAGCACGUGCGGCGUGUGCGGCACGCGAGUCCCGCGCCCCCGCGUCGUGCCCCGGCCUUCCAGUGUCUCGGACUUGCGCGUGUGUGCGACUGUCACGGCGUGACUGCAAGGUGCAGACCCAGCAUCGAGAAGUUAGUGUUGUUGUCGUCGUCGUGGAUGGAUUUCGCCGUUGGACAUUAUUACUGAGGUGGCCCAUGGGGCACAUGAGGUGAGGCGGCCAUGCGAGCAACGCCCCAGCCCCACGGGGGGCCCCGUGGGGGUCCCUGCAGGGGGUCUUUGCUGUGGCUGGCGGGGGCCCUGUUGCUGCUGUGGCCCCCCGAGCUGCUGUGCGCCGUGAGGGACACGGGGCGCGACGCCCCCAAGGACAAGCAGGCCAAGGGGAACCAGCCCGCCCGGACCCGCGCGGUCCCCUCCAACGUCACCUGGACUCCCAUCUACCAGGGGGAAGCUGCGCGGGUGGACCUGUGGACGGUGUCGACGUCGGGGUGCGCGUGCGCCUGGAACGCGUCGUCCACGGAGUGCGCGUGCUGCGUCAAGGAGGGCGGCUGCCACUGCGGGGAGGCGGCGCCGCAGCGCUGCGCCCAGUGCGGCUUGGAGAAGUACUGCGCCAGCAUGUGCAACGCCACCAUCGACUCCGUGACGGUGCUGCAGCGGUCGGGCCGCUCGUACGGCAUGAUCAAGUCGUCCAACAUGGACACGCCGGCCGUCUGCUCGUUCACGCUGCUGCCCGACGCCAAGCAGCGCGUCGAGAUCCAGCUGUACCGGCUGGUCGGCGUGGGCCGCUACCACAACAAUAGCUGCCAGGGCGGCACGCUGCAGCUGACGGACGGCACCAGGGCGGCGCGUGGAGUGUCGCUGUGCGGGGCCAACGAGCGCUUCACCACCCCGGUCGUCAUGUUCGCGGACCGCGGGCCGGCCACCCUCACCCUCAGGGUGACGGAGCCCAGCGAGCGGUCCCAGUUCCUGGCCUACUACAGCUUCACCCCGGCCAACGCGACGGGCGUGGGCUUCCUGCCCAAGGGCGGCAAGCGGAAGGAGAACACCGAGUGCGACUGGAUAUACCAGGACUUCACCUGCGCGGGCGGCUGCGUGCUGGCCAGUCCCGGGUACCCGGGGCUGUACCCGGGCGGCCUGAGCUGCGGCUUCCUCGUGACGGCGUCCUCGGUGCGCGCCAAGGUGACCCUGGAGCUGCUCGCCGUCAACCUGCCCCUCGCGCACUGCGCCACGGACAACAUCAUCAUCUACCACGGCUCCGGACCCUCGGGCCUGCGGGUGCACACCAUAUGCGACAUGUCCAAGACGGUCUUCGAGUUGCCCGGGCCCAACGUCUACAUCCAGUUCAACGCCGGCCCGUCCAAGCCGCCCUACAACUACAACGGCUUCCUGGCGCGGCUGGACUUCGGCAAGGAGGAGAACGUCCGCGGCGAGUGGCGCGAGGCCAAGAAGGAGGAGCGGCGCAAGGACGGCGAGGGCCGCGAGGGUCGCGACCGCGGCAAGGGCCACCGCGCCACCACCACCGUGACGCCGCCCACGCCCGCCCCCACCGCGCUCAUGGACGGCGCGUCGCGCGGCUGCGCCGUGGCCUUCUCCGGCACCGACCUGCGCUCCGGCGUCCUGGACAGCCGCCACCACUCGGGCUGCUACAACCUGUCCGUGCAGUUCCACGGCCGGCCCUCGGACGUCGUCAAGCUGUCCAUCUUUAACUACAAGCUCAAGGCGCCUUCCUGCGGCUCGCACUUCGACAUCUUCCUGGGGCCGGACAUGGCCACGCCGGACAAGCGGCUGUGCAGCCCCAUGACGAAGCACGCGCACGACCCGUCCGGCAGGUUCCAGAGCCAGCAGACGAUGAUGUCGCGGGGCUCGCACAUGGCGCUCAACCUGGUCCGCAGCGCGUCGCUCCGCCCCGACCAGGAGUUCGUCGACGGCGCCUUCCUCUUCCACGAUAAAUCGACGCAGGGCUCCCCCGAGACGGACUCGCUGUGCAGCGCCCGCUUCCUGGGCCCCAACGUGACGGCCGCCGUGGCGGCGGCGGCGCAGGCCGAGGCGGAGGGCCGCUACCUGGUGGCCACGACCGCCACCACGGACCAGCUGGAGGCCUGGGGUGACCCCGCCUCCGGAGGCGGCAACGCGGUGGCCGGCGGCGCGACGGGGGCCUUGGCCGUGCCCAGCGGGCCCGGCUGGGCCGGCAGCAUCACCAGCCCUGGGAACCAGCACCUGUUCUGGAACGUCCAGGGGCAGCUCAAGUGCGUGCAGACCUUCCAGCCGCAGGCGGGCCAGAGCGUCACGCUGUCGCUGGGCGCGCUUGGGCUGAAGCCGGACCCGGGCUGCUGGACGUACUGCGACGGCCUGGGCUGCCGCUGCUUCUCCGAGCCCACGCCGCUGUCCAGCGUGGACCACGUGCGCGUGGUGGACGCGGCGGGCUUCGACCUGUCGUGCCUGUGCGGCGACCCGGACAAGAUCCCCCUGCCGCUGGGCAUCCGGUCGUGGGGCCCGCUCAGCCUGGAGUACAACGUGGCGCACUUCACGUGGGCCAUGAAGGGCUUCGCCAUGCAGGCGGACUACGCCUUCGCCCAGGACGGCGCGUGCGGCCGCCAGAAGAUCCUGCGCCACUCGGGCACCAUCGAGUCGUGGCGCGUGCGGCUCGACGAGCGCGUCAAGGGCAACAACAACCACUUCGUGCACAUGGACUGCAAGUGGGUGCUGCUGUCCAACAUCGAGCGAGAACUGCGCAUCAGCGUGUCCACGCCGCAGAGCCAGCCCUGCGGCACGUGGAACAUCACGAUCCACCGGUACAACGAGGACGAGGACGUGUCCAGGCCCUUGUUCACGUUCUGCCCCCGCGACUCCAGGAAGACAUUUGAACUGCCCUGGAAGCUCAACUCCGUCAUCGUCAGGCUGUGGGCGCUGUCCCCCAACGUGCCCGAGUUCACCGUGUCGUGGCACUCGCAGGUGGCGCAGGCCAUCAUGCACAAGGCGGUGGGGGUCACCUCGGUGGCCGCGGGGGCGCCCGGCUCGUCGUCGGCCGCGGCCUUCCCGUUGCUGGUGCCCGUGCUGCUGGCGCUGCUGCAGCUGGCGGGGCGGCAGUGUGGGUGCGUCUCGGCCAGCACCUCCAGCAGGUGAAAACGGUGCCGGAGACUUCCCCGGUAAGGCGGAUCGGCUCUGGUGCUGGGAUUGGGGUGACUCGGGCUGCGCGGGCCGAACGGACUGCCAGGGCUGCAGGCCCGCCCGCUCGCUGUCUCUCUCUUUCUCACACCCAGCCCAGCCGGCCCGGCCCGCCCCGGCAGCGA